AUGUCCAAAACUGCGACUUCAGCUCCUAACGAGCAAGCAAAUUUUCGGACAUUGUCUCUACUGGACUCGGUCGCGCGAAAGCCAUCACCCGUCGCACAUCAUUUCUUCAUGCAAUUCAAUCGUGCUGAUCCGUGGUCUUCGUAA